AAGUAUACUCGAAUCGAAUCCCCGCCUGUAUUUUCUCUUCUUGCCUCGUUUACAUCUUCUUUCUCUUUCUGCAAUCUCUAGAGCGUCUAUUUCGAAUCCUUUUUAGUGGCCAGUCAGCUGCAGUUGUGGAUUGAGACAUGAAGCUCAAUCUCCCGGAACCGUGAGAUUCAAAUGCUACCAGUGAACUGCUUUCAGAUUCAUUUCCGAAGAUCUGCUGCUGGUCAUAUGGCCUUCAGUUUGUGGGGAUUGGUGGAAAUAAAAGUCUCCAAAUCAUGUUUUUUCUUAGAUUAACUUUGCAAUUUACUAGCUCUUUUAUGGGGUGAAAGUUGAAAUGAAAUGUUAUUGCAACUCAAUUACCUCUGGAAAUGGAAGAGACACGAGAUGAAACAGGGCGUGCAGAACAGAGACAUCAUACUUCCGCAUAUUGGGCUUCCAAUUUUGUUGAAAAGUUUGGAUCUGUUUCCUUGGAUCCCAAAGAAGAAACACUGAGGAAUAAAGAAUUAACUGAGAAUGAAGUAGAUAAUAGUCCAUUGUCUCAGACAGCAUCCCAGAUCCUCUGGAGAACUGGAACGCUUUCUGAGCCAAUUCCAAAUGGUUUCUACUCAGUUGUUCCUGAGAAAAGGCUCAAAGAGCUUUUUGAAGAUAUUCCUACAUUUGAUCAGCUUCAUGCAUUGGAGCUUGAGGGUUUGAGAGCAGAUAUUGUACUUGUUGAUGCUGAGAAAGAUAAGAAGCUUUCUAUGCUAAAGCAACUGAUUGUUGCACUAGUGAAAGGCUUAAACUCCAAUCCUGCAGCAAUGAUAAAGAAGAUUGCUGGAUUGGUUUCUGAUGUUUAUAAACGACCCAAUUCUGAACUCAGCCCCGCAAAAGUUGCACUUGAGGAAACCUCUCAUGUUUCUGAAAACAGAGGUAUCCAGAUGCUAGGACAAAUAAAGCAUGGCUCAUGCCGUCCUCGAGCAAUAUUAUUCAAGGUUCUUGCAGAUACUGUAGGUCUUGAAAGUAGGCUAGUUGUGGGUUUGCCUACAGGAGGAGCUUCUGAGUGCACAGACUCAUAUAAGCAUAUGUCAGUACUAGUUGUGUUGAAUUCGAUGGAACUACUUGUUGAUCUAAUGCGGUUUCCUGGCCAAUUGAUCCCCCAAUCUGCCAAGGCUAUAUUUAUGACCCACAUAUCUGCUGCUGGUGAGAGUGACUCUGCAGAAAAUGAUUCCUGUGAUUCACCACUGGAGCCUAACAGCCCUCUCUAUGGGGUUUCAGAGAGAGGAGAUAUUGAGAGUAUUGAGAAAGAUGAUGCUGUCCAGUACCAGCGAAGACUAGAAGCAUCUUCAAAUGCAGCUGGGCCUUCAUUGAGGAACAUGAUGUUCCGGUCUUCCACUUCUAUUGACAGAAAUUUGAGUUCAUCGCAUAGUGAACCGAAUAUUGCUACAACAUUUUGGAGGAGGGGUCGAAGCAAGGUUAUCACUGAACCAAGAACUGCAAGUUCUAGUCCUGAACAUCCUUCCUUUCGAGCACGUGGCCGAUCCAUGCUUAGUGGUGAUCAUAAAACCUUCAGAGGCUAUACGGAUGAUGUUGCUACAUCAAGAUCAGAAGGUGCAUCCAUGUCAGAGACACGUAGAUUGAGAAGAAGAAGCAUUAGCAUAACUCCUGAAAUUGGUGAUGAUAUCGUAAGGGCUGUUCGAGCAAUGAAUGAAACACUGAAGCAGAGUCGUCAAGGAGAAAAUAGGCCAUUUCCUUGCGCUUCAAAUGACACAGAUAAUGCUUCCAAUCUUCAGAAAGAUGCAUCUGAUUUCCACUCUGAUGACCAUGAUGGCAUGUCUGGUAAACGGGCAAACUUGUUUGCUUAUUCAAGGGAGCACAUGAGUUCCCAGAAGGCAAUGUCAUUACCCUCCUCUCCUCAUGAAUUCAGCAGUCAGACUCCUCAAUCAAGUCUGGCUUUAGAUCACAGGGCAAAUGAAGAGAUGGUCUCAACUUGGAACAGGGUUCUUGAAUCACCAAUGUUCCAGAAUAAGCCUCUGCUACCUUUUGAAGAAUGGAAUAUAGACUUCUCAGAGUUGACUGUUGGCAUUCGGGUUGGGAUUGGUAAGCAUUGCUCUUUAUGCUUCUCCUCCUGGUACUUUUUUCUUGUGACUAAUGAUAUUCAAAAAUUGUUGCAAGCACUACUCAAAUCUUAAUGAUUUGUUGAUGCCCUUUGCCAUGCAGUGAUAUUAUUUCUUGGUGCAUGCACAAAGCCUCCACAUCUGUCAAUGGUUACUGAAUACAUGGAGAUGGGAUCGCUAUAUUAUUUGAUCCAUUUAAGCGGUCAGAAGAAGAAGCUCAGCUGGCGGAAAAGACUUAGGAUGCUGCGUGACAUAUGCAGGGGGCUGAUGGGCAUACAUCGGAUGAAGAUAGUUCACCGAGAUAUAAAAAGUGCAAACUGUCUUGUGAAUAAACAUUGGACAGUGAAAAUUUGUGAUUUUGGGCUCUCAAGAAUAGUGACAGAUGCACCAAUGCAAGACUCUACAUCUGCAGGAACUCCAGAGUGGAUGGCUCCAGAACUUAUUCGUAGUGAACCUUUCUCAGAGAAAUGUGACAUCUUUAGCCUCGGGGUUGUAAUGUGGGAGCUGUGUACUCUAAGUAGACCGUGGGAAGGUGUACCUCCUGAAAGGGUGGUGUAUGCUGUUGCUAACGAGGGAUCAAGGUUGGAGAUACCAGAAGGACCCCUGGGCAGACUAAUUGCAGAUUGUUGGGCAGAGCCUCAGGAACGGCCCAGUUGUGAGGAAAUUUUGACACGCCUGGUAGAUUGUGAAUACUCACUCUGCUGAUGCAAAAUCUGUUCUUUUGUAUAGAUACAAAUGGUAGAGGUAUUACAAUGUGUCGGCUCAAGUUGUAACUUUUCGAGUGAUUUUCAGCUCUACAAGUGUAGUGUUUGCCUUCAGCUUGACCAUUAAAACAUCAAAACCAUUUUGGGGCAAUCAGAAAGCAUUCCUUGUUUGUUCAA